UGAAUCUUGUUUUGACGAACCAGCGGUGACGUUGAUGUAGUGUUUUGUGAGCUAGGAUUGACCAAAAUUUCUAACCGUGUUGAGUUUUCUGGAAUCUUUGGGGAUUUUAGGGCUUCGGUGCCGGAAAGCCUUCAUCUUUUUGAUUGGGGGGCAGUCGACGCGAAUUGAGAGGCAACCCAAGUCGCGUUCUGCGAAAUGAGCUGCUUUCCUUGUUUCUCGAAGAAGAACGUCGCUGAGGAGGAUCUUUCUCCGGUCGCACGUGUCGUCAAGGAUAAUGAGCUGAAGCCUGAUUUUCAGGCACAAAAACCCUCCAAAAAAGAAACUCAAGAUGUUGGAAAUGGAAAUAUUGCAGCACGGACAUUCACAUUCCGUGAGCUUGCUUCGGCGACCAAUAAUUUUCUACCUGAAUGCCUCUUGGGCGAAGGAGGAUUCGGUAGAGUUUACAAGGGUUCCCUUGAGAACACCGGACAGAUUGUAGCUGUUAAACAGCUAGACAGGAAUGGCUUCCAAGGCAACAAAGAAUUUGUUGUUGAAGUGUUGAUGCUCAGUCUUCUGCAUCAUCAAAAUCUGGUCAAGCUUAUUGGAUACUGCGCCGAUGGUGAUCAAAGGCUUUUGGUCUAUGAAUAUAUGACCAUGGGCUCCUUGGAAGACCACCUUGUAGAUGUGUCAGCUAAUCAGAAACCUCUAAGCUGGUACACUAGGAUGAAGAUAGCAUAUGGUGCCGCUCAAGGUCUGGAGUACUUGCAUGAGAAGGCCAACCCACCUGUGAUCUUCCGCGAUCUUAAAUCAUCCAACAUUCUACUUGAUGUAGAUUUCAACGCAAAACUCUCGGAUUUCGGGCUUGCCAAGCUCGGUCCCAUAGGGGAUAAAGUCCAUGUUUCUUCCAGGGUGAUGGGCACAUAUGGCUACUGUGCACCUGAGUAUGCAAGAACAGGCCACCUUUCUUUGAAGUCGGAUGUCUACAGUUUCGGAGUGGUCAUGCUCGAGUUGAUCACGGGGAGGAGGGCGAUUGACACAAGCAAGCCAACGAACGAACAGAACCUCGUUGCUUGGGCAUUGCCCAUGUUUAGAGACCAGAAGAGGUUCCAUGAGCUGGUUGAUCCACUUCUACAAGGUGACUAUCCGGCGAAGGGCUUGAGCCAAGCAGUUGCAGUCGCUGCGAUGUGUCUCCAAGAAGAGGCUUCAGUUCGCCCGUUGAUGGCUGAUGUAGUUAUGACACUAAGCUUUCUUACGGAGGAAGUAGUCCCUGCGCCAUCAUUCGGCUUCCCACCACCAGAAGAUAGUACAAAGUAAUCCGGUCAAAGCUGAUGAGAAAUUGCGCCGAGGAUUGGGAUUGGAGACCAUGGGAGUGGUGUUCUUCCAAAUCAAGGCAUUAGCAUGAGUCCUACAAUGAGAAAGUGAGCUGUGGUAUGGAUUUCUCAAGCUUGCUACU